CUUUAUAUGAAGAUAAAACAAACAGUAAUAAAUUGCCAUUACUUUAUAAUUAAUAAUAACACCUUUACACUUCUUCUUCAAUUCCAUACUCUCUCUUUCUCUCUGUUUUCUCUCUGAAAACUCUGUUUUCCUGAGAGAGAGAGGGAGGGAGAGAUGUAUUCAUUUUCAUCUUCUUCUUCACCAUUUUCAGUUCUUCGGCUUAUUAUCUUCAUACAAAUCUGCAUAUGUCUGUUAAAUCAGCAUUCAGUUGCUAUUACUGAUGUUGAAAAUAGACAUCAAUUGUUGUCUGUUAAAAAUGUAAGCAGAUCUCAAUCCUCUAAGGGUAAUUGUGAUUUCUUCACAGGUUCUUGGGUUUUCGAUAAUACGUAUCCUCUUUAUGAUGCAUCGAAAUGUCCGUUGAUCGAACGUGAAUAUAGUUGUCGGCACAAUGGUAGACCUGACAGCCAGUACGAAAAGUAUAGAUGGAAGCCUCAAGGUUGUGAAUUGGUCAGGUUUGAUGGUAAAGAUUUCUUGAAGAGAUUCAGAGGGAAAUCAAUCUUGUUUGUUGGGGAUUCUCUGAGUAAAAAUCAGUAUGAAUCACUAAUUUGCUUGCUUCAUUCUUCGGUACCAAAUGCUACUUACACUAUGGUCAGAACAGCAUCCCUCUCCACAUUCAAAAUCAGCGAAUAUGAGAUUACUGUAAUGCUCCAACGCAAUGUCUACCUCGUUGAUGUCGUAAGCGAAAAGAUCGGCCGAGUUCUAAAACUUGACUCACUUGAAAGUAGCAAGGCAUGGAUGGGAGUCGACACGUUAAUCUUCAACACAUGGCAUUGGUGGAAUCGUAGAGGCACUACACAACCGUGGGAUUACAUUCAAGAGGGAACUAAAAUAUACAAAGACAUGGAUCGUCUGAUUGCUUUCAAGAAAGCAUUAACCACUUGGGGUAAAUGGGUUGAUGCCAAUGUUGAUCCUACAAAAACCAAAGUCUUCUACCAAGGGGUAUCUCCAUCUCAUUACAAUGGAAGUGAUUGGAGUGAGCCGCGUUUGAAGAAUUGUUUACUAGAGAAGGAACCUAUAAAAGGUUCUACAUACCUGGGAGGUACUCUGCAGUCGGUACACGCAAUGAAAGACGUCCUGAAAACAAUAAGAAAGCCAGUGUAUUUGCUGGAUAUAACCACUCUUUCUCAGUUGAGAAAAGAUGGGCACCCAUCUAUGUACGGUUUUGGUGGUCCAAAAGCAAUGGAUUGCAGUCAUUGGUGCCUUGCUGGUGUUCCUGAUACUUGGAACCAGAUCCUAUAUAAUGCUAUUCUUUGAAGAGAAAAUAAAGAAUAAUAAUUGAAAAAAUAAAUUCAGAGAUUCUUUCACCAUCUAUAAGAUUCUCCGAUUCUUGCACAAUCUUUCCUGAUACUUGGAACAUUUGUAAGCUUUUCACAUUAUUACUCCCAUUUUACUACCACCACCCGUGUUAAGAAUCUUGUCCUUUAAAUAAUGGAUGACAUUGUAAUGUCAAGUGAACUGA